AUGAAAAGGAAGGUUAGAGUUUCAUACUCAGAUCCUGAUGCCACCGAUUCUUCAUCAGAUGAAGGUGGUGAUGGACCUGAAAAAAAAUCGAAGAGGAUGGUUCGUGAGAUUGUACUUCAGCCGGAAAAAAAUCUUGACAAGAAGAAGGGUUCUGGAAAAAUUCGUGCACGAGUCAAGAAAUUCAAUUCGAGGGUUCCUGAUCAGAAUGGAAAGGAAAAAUUAAUUGGGGUGCGGAAGAGAAAAUCGGGAAAAUACUGUGCUGAAAUCAGAGAUCCUUUCAAGAAGAAACGGGUUUGGUUGGGGACUUACAACACUGCUGAAGAGGCCUCUAAGGUUUACCUGGCCAAGAAGCGUGAACUUGAGGAAAAACAGAGUGCUGGACAGGGAAUUGAUUCUGGUCCUUGUGAGAAUUCCUCUGAAGAUUCUUCACCUACGGUCGAUGAAUUUGAUACCCUGGAUUCUCCGAAUGAAUUGGCGAGCUUGGCAAGGGAACUCAAACAAUUCAGGAAGCAACUUAAGUUUUUCAUCUUCGGAAGGAAGCAAAUAAUUGGUGGUAUGCUAAAAGCUCUCGAAGGGCAGAUGAGGAAUCCGUUUCAGAUUUUUGGGCAUACUUGGUCUUCUCUUUCAGUUGCUGCUCCGGGGAAAGAAGUUUUGAAUAGGGACCAAAGUGCCUUCUGUUACACAGUAUUCUGGCAUUUCUACGCAUCUCUUUCACACACUCUUAUGUAUACGUAUAACUGUGUGGAGGCAUUGAGAUUGAGAUUGAGAUCAUUUCAUUGGUUUUGA